AUGUCCACUCCUGCACCCGCCUUAGAUCUCCACCCCCUGAACACUGUAGCGCUCUUCGGUGCCACAGGAAUGCUCGGGAGCGUCAUCUUCAAAGCUCUCCUCGACACCCAUAUUCCCGACUACCAGCCUACCGUGGUCGCCAUCAUGCGACCAGGGAAGAGUCUGGACGAAUCUUUGAAAAGUCACCCAAGGCUCAGGGUGGUCACCCUAGACUACUCCAAGGGCGGCGAUGAGCUCGUGGAUGCCCUCCGCGGCGUGGACGCCGUCGUGGCCGUGCUGAACGGCCCGGGCGUCGCUGCGCAGUACCCCAUCCUCGAUGCCGCGAUUAAAGCUGGCGUCCGACGCUUUUACCCGUCCGAGUUCGGUUUCCACCAGGCGUACCGCGCCCCGGGCGAUCCGGGGGCGCGUAUCAUGCCUCUGUGGGACGAGAAGGAGCGCUUUGCGCUGCAUCUGAAGCUCCAUCCCGCCGUCGAGUCCGGACAGAUCACGUUCACGUUCAUAGGGGUAGGCGAUCUCUACGACCAGAUACCUGAAACAUUCUGGUGCCCCUGGGCACAGGACCAAGACACAUACGAAGUUCCCGUCAUCGGGGACGGUGCCGCUCUGGCGGACUGGUCCCAUACGCGGGACGUCGCCCGCUACGUCGUGGCGACGCUCAGCCAGCCCGCGUGCUCCGCGAACGCGACGCUCAACUUCCCCAGCGAGGCCCUGUCGCAGGACGCGCUCGUCGCGCUGCUCCGCGCAUACAGCCGCCGCGAAGUGCGCGUGCGCUACUUCUCGCACGACGAGGCGCACCGGUUCGCAGCGCACCCCGCGGAGGCGCCGCCGCAGAUCGCGCAGAGCUCGAACAUCCCGGUCGAUUUUUAUUUCGUGGUGAAGAGCAUACAGGGCUCGGGCACGUUCCGCAGGUCGCGCUGGGAGUGUCAUUGGGACUUGUUCCCCGAGGUGCGGCGAACGACGUUCGAGGAUUACAUGAAGGAGCGGUUUGGUAGCCUGUGA